CCUCCUAUUAGUGUUGUAAAGUUUUACAGCACAGAGGUCUUAGUGGCAUACAGUUCACCACACCUUAGCUGCUGCUGGUAGUCCUCUUUUGUUUUUUUCAAGACCACCAAAAACAAAGAUCAGGCUGAGCUAAUUUUUUUGUGAAAGCUGCCAGUCUCAGCACACAGUCACCAUGAAGAACCUAACAAAAGAUGACAUAUAUGCAUACGCACUGUCCAAGACUCUUACAAAAAUUUCAUCACCGGCAACUGUAGGACUCUACUCGUCAUGUGAAGAUCGAAUCAACAUGAUCCUCAAACAGAUGAAAGUGCACAUGAAUGAGGAGUCUUUGAGGAUUGAGCAGAAACAUGCACCAAGAUCCCGACCUCGUUCAGUUAAGCCUUCACUUACAGGCUUCUUAGCGCUCAUUGGCCGACUGCUCCUCUACAACCCCGUCUGGACUAAAGAGAACCAGCAGGAACAAAACGUCAGAUUUAUUUAUGUGUAUUUUAGUGCUUGGCAUUUUGCAGGUAGCGACCUGCUUUGGGCCGGGAUAGCUAUACGGCUGAUUCAGGCCAUGAAGAUGAACUUUGGACAAUUACAACUUGCACUCUACCGUGUGGCCCAACAUGAUGAAAAAGAGGAAGUCAAGAUCAAGAUUGUGCAGGAUGAUCCAAACCACUGGAGUUGCAAGAAGAUUUGCUGCUGUCCACAGUGGGUUCUUUUCGUAGUCCUUCUUGUGGUGCCAAUUAUCAUUCUGGUAUUGCUGUUAAAGUUUGACUUUCCCAAAUCUGAAACAAAACCAGACGAGGGCCUGAAUGACAGCAGUGGCCGGGUGGGUGUGCUGGAAGGCCUAGUGAUUGCUGUAUUAGGGGUCCCUGCAGCAGGUGCACUAAGGUUUAUCAUUUUGAUGGGGAAGAACCUUAUCUUCAGCCAAGAACUGAAUAUUAAGAGAGGGAUGGACAAUGAGCGGAUCAGCAGCCAGCUGGGCUUCAUGAACGAGGUCAGGCUGGAAAUGUGGUUCUUGUCUCGCUUCAUCCAGUUUAUGGAGGUGUUUGAGAGGCGAAGAAUUCGAAUUGUGCUGAAUAUCAUCCAUCUGGACCGCUGCUCGCCUAAGAAAGUUGUUGCAGUCCUAGAUGCCAUGAACAUUUUGCUUUCAGAUGAGGAGAGCCCAUUUAUUUCCAUUCUGGCUGUAAAUCCAGAAGUCCUUGUAGAGAAAGUGAACUUUGCAGAUGGAUGCUUCAGCAAAGAGGACAGAGCAUAUGCAUUGUUGAACCGCAUAGUGACUCUGGCCUUCACAGUCCCGCCACUGUGCAAUGAUUCAAAGCGUAAUUUAUUUUACAGUCUUAGUAGCCAUUCAGAAAUCCCUGAAGAGUCUCUCAUGGAUGAAGGCAAAGUUACAUAUUCUUCAGAUGAUUCUUUAGAGGAGGUUACAUCUAAAAUAAAGGAGUCAAUUCCCCUGAUUGGUAACAACACAGUAGUGCUGGAUGUAAAAGAAGAUGACGUUAAAAGCUUAAUCAGGCACACCCUAAGCUGCAGUGAAAGAAAUCUAAGCAAGUACAUGUUAGAUGAUGCCAUGUCGAUGAGAAGGGUGAUCAGCUCUAUUCGAGUAACUGUGAUAAUCAUGAAGGCCUUAAAACUGGAGCUUCCUCAACCAGAAUACAUUGCAGCAUGGGUGAUCCUAGCCAAUCACUGGCCCUGCCGACUCAGCUGGAUCAUCCAGUGUGUGGAAGAUGCAGAGCAAAGGGCAGAUAUUGAUGGUAAGGCUUGGACCAGCGAUUAUGAUUCAAAGACCUUAUGGGACGUCUUCAGUGAGUCCCGAGCAGAGCUGUAUGUGAUGAGAGCACAGAUUGAGGACAUCCUGGAGCAGGACGGAGAUGCUGAGUUGUUUGAAAAGUUUCUCAAAGUAGAUUUUCAAUUCAAGAUUAAAGACUUGAAGACAUUUGAAGGGGUGAUGGUGAACCUGGAUCAUUCAAUCAGGAAGGAGCUGGCUCAGAUCAGAGGGACAUCCAGGCUGAAAGAUUCUGGUUGGAUGAGGAACCUAGCUCCACUGCCAAUCACAACUAUCAUCAAUAUGGACACCGAGGAUGUAUGUAAAGAGCUGGAGAGGCUGGCGUACCCCAGCAAGUACAUCGACGUUGUGAAAAGCAACGACCUCAGCGGGCCGGCUCUGGUGUUCGGCGAUGCGGACGACCUCAAAAACCUCCUGCAAAUGACCUUUGGUGAAUGGGCAACGUUCAGACUGCACUUCUUGGGUUUGCCAUCACAUCUGCGACCACAGUACAAAAAUAAGCCAACAGCAUCUUCGCAUUCCAAGUACCGGCUUCCAGAAUUCCUCCCACACAUUUCUCAUCAUUAUUUGUCUAAUCCCAAUCUGGCUAACAUGUAAUAUGGCUUCAUGCUGUCUCUCAUUUAUCUUUACAAUAAUGAGAAUAUAGAAUAUAAUUCAUAAUAUACAGUUUAUAAUAAUGAAUUAAUUAAAAAUGCAGAUUAUCACUUUUCUACCUAGCAGGUAAUUAACAUGUUAUACCAUAAAGGUUGCUGUAGGAGUAAUACCUAAUAGAACUGCAAAUUUACUUUUUCAAAUUCCUGAUUUUUGCAUAGAUUAAACAAGCAAGAUGCAGCAUGUUUAUUAGUCCGUUCGAGAGGUUUAGUCUAGCUGUUUUGCCUUAAUUGCUCCUGGUCUACAUGCUAAGCCAGUUUAAUGACCUCCUGGCUCCAGCUCCUCAUUUUCUGCACCCAGACACGGGCUUGGUAUAGAUUCUGGACAGACAGAAGAUGACAAACUUCCCAUUAGCCCAUUAGCUUAUCUGAUUGCUUCUGAUUUUACUGAUGAACUCUGCUUUGUUUAGAGUUUAGAUUAUUUACUGCAGUUUGUCAGCAAAUCAUCUGUAAACCAGUUAACUGGCCCCCACAGACCUCUUCUCGAGCAGGCUAUUUGUGGCGUUUCCAUAACAGUAAGCUGAACAGUACCACUGUGUUUAACAUCUCAAUCUCACUUAAUGCCCGUGUCACUCAGCACAGUGACUUCUAAACUCCUCUUCAGUUCUCUACGAGAUCUCAUUUGCUCUCUCCUCAAAUGUGUUCGACCUGUUCUCCGCAGUGCUCUCCAGGGAUGUUUAACUCUUCGCUUCCUGCACUUUUGCCUCCUGCUCAGUGCCAGUCUGAGCCAUUAAUCUUUAAUCAUAAUAAAUUGCUUUCAGUUCAGUCAUACCUUAUUUGUAAUGAGAGGCCUAACUGAAGUGGAUAGCUGUGGUUUGUCACUCUAUCUAACUUUAUUUGUGAAUACAUAUAAUUCAUUUUGUUUGGGACAGUGUAGCUGAUGGAAACCAGUCACUGACUUGUAGCUCAGUCACAACAGAGUAAAAAUAGGACGGCAACCUCCUAGCAACUAGGAAAACUUGGUGGUUGCCGGGUGAUUGCAUUGAAUUCAGUGACUGAUUACAAUUAGCUUUAGCCAAAGGUUGACGGUGCAACCUGUGGACCACAAUUGAUUACAAGGCAGUUACACGGGUCACCUGGUGACAGGUGACCUGUCUCCAAACAAUCACAGUCUGACUCAGAUUGACUGCAAUCACUCCCAGACAGACUGGCAAAGAUUGCCAAUGCAGUGCCAUCAGUCUCGGCACUGACGACAACUCCUAUGACAUGCAACAGAACUACAGUUUUCACCCGUUCAUCAUAAGCAGAUUGCAUGUAAUUGUCAACUUGAUCGCAUUCAAUCACAAACUGGUAGCAGACUGAUUGUUGCUGUCCUCAAAGUGACUUUGGUGCAUCAAGACAGCAAUAAAACAGCAAGAAACUUUUUUCCCCACUGCAAGUGGUCACAGACUGCUUUGAAAUCUCCCAGUCUUCAAAGUAAUGAUGUCAAAGGCAACAAGAUUGCAAGCUCAUCACACACCAUCACAGUAAUUCUGGUCCUGCCGAGGAGCAACUGUAGCAUCACACAAUUGGUACUGUUCAGCUUUAGUGACCAACUUCAUUGGUCUGAAUUUAUGAACCUAACUUGUUUAGAACUUAUAAAUUUUAAGUAAUGUCUGAGUUAACAUUCAUGAAAGAGUUCAUUUCAGUCUAAAGCAAUCACACUGUGACAAUUCAUGCAUGUUUUAUAUCGUAAUCAGGAAUGCAUCAGUUAAAUAAUAAUUGAGCAUGAGCAGUCUGUGAAACAUGAACUCUUGUAAAUUUCUUGUCAGACAUUAACUAAAAAUGUAACUACUUAAUUUAAUAUAACUGUGAUGAAUAAUUACAGUCGUAAUGUCAACUCAAGGAAGACAUCCCCCAGCAAUGAUAGGUGGAGGGCUACCUAGAUUAGAUACCAUUUUUGUGGCAUCUGCUUCAGUGUCAGGUGGCAAAUCUAAAAAUAGGACUAAACUUAAGUUCAAAAGUCAACAUCAGCAGAUGUUAACUCAGAGGUUUGGUCGAAGAAAUAGAUGGACUUCAGCUUUACAUUGCCUGAACAGACAGUAUGGUAUGUUGAAGAUAUAUACACCAGUCACUUCAUUAGUACCAGGUUGGACCCCAUUUUGCCUUCAGAACCACAUUAAUUCAACAAGGUGCUGCAAACAUUCCUCAGAAAUACAGAUUUGUAUCCAUACUGACAUGAUAGCAUCACACAAUUGCUGCAGAUUUGUCGACUGCCCUUCCAUGAUGCAAAUCUCCUUUAUAAAUGAUGCUCAGUUGGUACUAAAGGGCCCCAAGUGUGCCAACUGAACUGAUACAAGGCAGGAUGGAUCCAUGCUUUCAUGUUUUUUUUAACAAUAAAUUCUGACCCUACCAUCUGAAUGUUGCAGCAGAAAUCAAGACUCUUCAGACCAGGAAACAUUUUUCCAAUCUUCUGUUGUCCAGAUUUGGUGAACCCAUGUGAACUGUCACCUCAAUUUUACAUUCCUGACAGCAGUGGCACUCAGUGUGCUCUUCUGCUGUUGUACUCAAUCUGCUUCAAGAUUCACCAUGCUACGUGUUAAGAGGUGCUCUUCUGCAUACGUUGGUUGCAAUGAGUAGAGUUACUGUUGCCUUCUGUGGGCUCAAACCAGUCUUCAGCAGGUUGUCUUGACCAUGUCUAAAUGUCUUAAUGCACUGAGUUGCUGCCAUGCAAUUGGCUGAUUGAACAGGUGUACCUAACAAAGUGCCCGGUGAGUGUUUGUGAUUUAAAAGCCACGAUGAUCUGUUCAGA